GUAGAGUGGAGCAUCAAUACAACCAGUGGCAAUUUUAUUUGUACAUGGAGCAUUGAUAUGUCCAACUCCCUUGUAUCUCCCUUGAAAGAUUGCUUUCCUCAUUUUACAAUAACCAGUAAGCCUGUUACAUUAGAGAUCAAAAAUGUUCAGCCUGGUGACUCUGGUAAAUACAGCUGUAAAACAACUACAUUAAUUCCACCUCCGUCAGUGGAAGAAAGCUCAUCUCUGAUUCUCCGAGUCGCAGGUCUGUCCCUGAAGCCACUGAACAGCACUAAUGACAGCUGUGUUCAUCUGCUCUGCUCUCUGGACUCUGAUCUGGCCAACUUCACCUGGAGCCGAGGAGGUCAGAUGUUACCACAUGUGUCCACAUUUAAUGCUGAUAAUAGUGAACUGCAGCUGUGCAAACCUGACUGGAGUGGAGGAGACACAAUCACCUGUCACGUCAACUACUCAGGAACCCAAACCCAAAAAAGCAUCACAUUCAGCAGAUCAGAAAAUGCUAACAGAGAUCUCUCCAACCUGAUGAACUGCAUCUUCAUUUAUGAGCAUAGGAAGGGAGGAGGUUCUUGGCUGGGACCAGGUUUCGUGGAGACAGAGAUGGGCGAAGGAACUCAAAUGGUGGGAGGGCACAUGGACAGGAAAUUCAUCACUCAGAAUGUGAGCGUACGUGUGCAGAAGAGUCACAGACGCUGA